GGUAGGUUCAUGUUACCUUCAUGUUGUUCAGUGUGGCUCAAGCACUCACUUCAAACCACUUCUACUUUCUUUUUGCUGUCUUUUUUUUUUUUUUUGCUUUGCCAGCGUUUACCGCGGAUGACGUCACCUGUCAGCAGGCGGUGAAGACGAGGUGAUGUCAGGAUGUCUGAAUCGGACACGCCCCCUUCCAAUGUCAGUGACUACUUGACCGCCAUGGAGUCCUGUGACUCGUCGACUGAUCCGACCAGCACGCAGGCGGCUGCCAGCGGCUGGAGCCAAGAUGGGGACCUGUUGGGGUGUGAUCAGCUGGAGAGACGCUGGCUGCUGUGGCACGCCUUCAUGAAGGAACAUGCCCACUUGGACGCUUGGCUGCAACUGGCCGAACAGGCUGUCUGCUCCCAGAACUGGACCCAGGUGACAUAUGCGAGCGCCAAGGAGGACCUGAGGAGGUUUGAGAGGUUGCGCUGUGAGGCGGGAACUCGGCUCGUGCAGCUGGACGGGCUGACCCACAAGAAUCGAAUGCUGACUCGGCUAUUUAAGGGCGCCAUGCGGGCACGUCUGCUGGUGGCGGCGAGGGAGUGCGGCCAGCGAUGGGACGACGUCAACGUCAAGCUGGAGUCCAUAACGGGACGACUCACGAACUUUGUGUGCCUUUGGGAGGAGUUUGAGGCUGAGAGGGAGGAGCUUGCUCUGUGGUUGGCUGAGCUGGAAGUCCGUCUACUAGAUGUACAACAGCUGACAGGAAGCACCUGUGAGAAGCUUGCACAACUCCAGGCCUUCCAGGAGUGCGUGUGCGUGAACUCUGGUCGGGUCAGCGGCCUGCUGAAGCGCGGCGAGGGGCUGAUCCAACUUUGCGAGCCGUCUGACGCUCAGCGUGUGGAGCGCCACCUGCUGGAGCUGCUGAGGAGCUGCAGUCACGUGUACAACAACAUCGGACGCACACACAUGCGGCUGCUUAGCAUGAAACUGGUGUUUGAGGAUGACUUCAUGCUGACCCCGCCUCCAGAUUCUGGCUGUCCAUCAGAGAUGUUGUUCGAGGAGGAGGGAUCCCCCCUGGACCUGCCAGUCAGCCUUAAAGACCGCCACCCUCCUCCUCCUCCAUCAUCUCCACCCUCACCUUCCCAUGAGCACCUGGAGUGGGACCCUUCAGUGGAUGUUGGACGGUCCGUCUCCUGUAGUGGCGACUCCUACUUCAACGCCUGCACAGGUGGAUGGUACCAGGAUGCAGAUGAGAUGAUGUCAUUGGUCACUUCCUGUUUGUCUUGGCUUGCAGGUGAGUGUAACACACGCUUAAAGAGGCGGAGCUACAUCAGCUCCUUGAACUCUGAUAUCAGCAAUGACGCCAUCAACCAGGAGGCGGAAAUGGACUUGAACGCAGCUCACCAUCAUUGGAACCAUUGGGUGACCUCCACACCAGAAGACCAAGACGGCGAGGCGGUUGGCUUUGAUGGGCGUGUGAGGGCGUGGCUGGGAGGCCAGAGCCCCUCCCCGCCUUCCUGCUGUAAAGCUGUGCAGACUGAUGGACAGUUCAGCGUCGCCGACAAACCGGCGGUCCAUGCGCUGUCUGGCGUCGCCGAGAUCCCACGUUGCCAAGAUGACACCUCUCGCGUCUCAAACUCCUGGCCUCAUUGGACGAGGGAGCGACGGCAGUCACGGGUCAGUCCACUUGUGAGGAUGGCAUCAUUCCACACAAACGAACCGGAAGUGUUAUUGUUUCAGACCGAUGAUCAUGAUGAAGAGGAGGAGAAGGGGUCAUGUUGCGAUGAAGCUGAGCAUCUUCUUCCUCAACAAAGCAGGGCUCCUCGGGCCCCACCCUUCCCAGCUCUCAUCUGCCUCCUGCUGGCCGCCGUUGUCUCCCUGCUGGCCUGUCUACUCUGGAACUUCCUAGAGCCGCCGUGUCGCCGCGGCAUGAGCAGAACGCAGCGCAACUUCCACCUGAGCUACGUCAAUGGAGCCCCGCCCACUUGAGACACUGUAAAACAGUCCUUUGCCUUGCAAGACAUUUAAUCACCUCGUUUCCUGUUGGUUUGGGUUGGGUUGGUGUGGGGGAACAUUAAUGCUUCAUGACAGUAAAAUGGAAUAAAAAGUACUACUAGAAUAAAAAAGAUGUUUGUCCAGACAGCUAAUGCUAAAAUGGCUAAUUGGUAACUAAGUUUUAGCUGUCUGACUUCAAAUAAAUAUAUGCAUGUAUUUUUCAUAUGCUCUCAUAGCAGUCAGUGUUUUAUUGCUCAUAAUCAAAGUGUGUGUGGUUAAGAAUGUGUUUGAGUCCAAAACAUUUCACUUGUUUUUAUUUUUGUAAAAAAAAAAAAUCAUAUGAAGAUAAAUGUAUUUUGUACUAAAGAGAAAUAGAAUAAAAUGACAAUGU